AUGCGUCUGGUCUCAAGUUAUAUACGUUUUCCAGAGAACAGUUUGGUUGUGCCUACUCCCGCCUUGGCAGCGGGUCUGUGCGGGGGCCUGUCGGCUGUCGAUGGGCCGCGAGCCUUGCCGCUGCCGACUCGUGGUGUCGGCUCAGCCGCCGGAACGAACCAUUCAGAACCGGCCGGACCGACGUCACGAUCUAGUCAGAAGAUGAAGCCUGAGAUAUCGGCACGGCUGUGUGGGGGCAAACGCAAUAGUGGAGGAGCUUCACCCUUCAGCAGUUCCGCUUCGCACGGUGGUAGACGGCCCUCGAAGGCCCCCAGUAGGAGCGCCAUAACUCCCAGCAAAGCCGCAAGGACCGACGUGUCACAAGAAAAGGAGGUAGAGGAAGUAUGCACUUCAUCUCCCGUACUCAGUGAUGCUUCUUGUAGCGAGACGACUGCCAGCGAUCGUCUUUCUUCGAGCGAGAUAGGUUCGGCCUCUCGUGCCACAGUGGCAUCUUCUGAGGGGCUCAAAGUAGAGGCUCCCAGCAACAUGACGUCACCGGAAAGUCGGUUUUCGCUUAACGCUGAUUCUUUUUCUCGCGAGCAGACGCUGGUGUUGCGCGGCAGAGUUAUCGCGAACGACAGGAGUCCUUGCGCUUCUUUCGACGCUGCAUGCAGCCCUAGCCACACGUCAAUACCUGCCAUACCUACAUUCCGGCAUAGGCCAGGACCGAGCGUCAAAUCGCUAAAAAGCUCAUCUCAGGAGGGCCUCAGGACUGUGGAAACGGCAGCCCAAGGGGCCCCCAUUAUCUCAACUGGCAUUUGCACCCCGGUUAGACCCCAAAACGCAUCUGCAUUCCAUCAACAACAUCCCCAAGCUUCACCUAAUCACUCUAUCAUUGCAAAAUCUCAUUACGGAAAGCAUCAUUCGGAAACUAAACCGCGCAAACAUCGAGAUAUUCGCGCCUUCCCUUCUUCCCUCAAGACUCGCAAGAUACUUACACGAUUGCAAGGAGGACUCAGUCCAGCAGUAAUGUACAAGUACAGAUGCGCAGCAGGACUCGGUAUACAGGUACCGGUGAAUAGACUCGAAACAUCUCCUGUCAAAUUAAGCAACUGGAGAGUUUCGUGGCAAGAGCUGUUUUGCUACAAUCCCCGGCCAUAUAACGUGACGAAAGGCUUCUUAGAGAAUUAUACUGUGAUCAGAGGGAUGAUGGAAACGUACAUUCACAAGUUGACAGAUAUUGUUUUUGAAGAUCGAUGCACUGCAUCGCAAAAGGAGCCCCACAUCUAUCAUGCAUAUCUUCUUCCACCCAUAAGCCCUCAUGAUUGGCUAACUGCUGCUUGCAUACAGUGCUAUACCAGUGAAGAUGUAUGGCUUUCCAGAGGAUUUUGGAGACGGGCCAGCGUGCCAAACGCCGGCGUUGCCAAGGCAGAGGCAAUGCAGCCGGCAAAUCCGAAGGUCAUUCCUUUCUUGCCUGCAUUCUCUAGGGAGGAGCAAGCAGAACAACAGCGGCAGUACAGGCUAGCCACGACGGCCGGCUCCUUUGCUUGCAACCCGGGUGCCGUAUGCCGCCUCUACGAAUCCCGCCCUGAAGCUGCCUCGCAGAAGCUUCCCCUCCACUUGUGGAUAUUUUUAGGAGGCAAAGAUAUGCAAGCUCUGGAUGGCCUCGUAAUCGCCUGGAAGCUUCUUCGUUGGGCCUCUGAAAUUCCGCCAAGUGAGUUUGUUGACUCGUCUGAAGAUAUUGACUCUGCAUCUACUUCUGAAUCGGGGGGGACCGGACUGCUUAGCGCCCUCGACGUCUAUCGUCUUUACCACCAGCAACGGAGGUAUCCUACACAAGACCAAACGACUUAUGCAGCUAAUUGGGCUUGCGGGGAAGUCCCCUCUGAAGCUGAAGCAGAAUCUAACACCUUUUCCGCCUUUGGGCCCUUCUUGUACGACAUGAAUGGAGUCAGCAAAAACAGCCGAUACCGCACAGCAUUUCUGAUGGUUGACAUUCCAGGCUACGGCAACUCUACUGGACACCCAUCACCAUGCACGAUCAGAAGCGCAGCUUUCCAAGCUGUAAAACACGCUAUCCAGGAAUUGAUUGAGCACCACGACGAAGAUUCGAUCAUUGUAAAUAUUUUGGGGUACUCACUGGGCUGUGCCGUCGCAUGUGCACUAGCAGCAGACUUAGCUACCACGUUUACCCGAGAUUCAAUGUUUGCAACGCCUAGCCACAAGAAAAGCGGAAGCACCCAGUCCUGGGACAACAUUGCAACAGUUGACGCUGGUCUGGCAAGGACAAUGAACCUCCAAUCAAGCAGUUCAAGGUCCCAAGGAGACUCGAGCUUCGAUGACAGCAUGCUUACCUUCAGAGAUGCUUUCAAUGUUACAAUGUUUAGUAAAGACGGAGUGGAUCAUGUCUGCAAGGUUCAUGGUUGGACGCCAUCGGCAGGUUAUUCCGGCGUCCGUCUCGCGGUUAACCGUCUAAUCUUGCUAGCUCCAUUCACAUCUACCAAAGCGAUGGCCUCUAAGGUUGCGGCGUCAGCAAUGGGAGGGGGCAGUUUCUUGUCUCGUGCUGUUAGUGGCCUGGUUAGCAAACAGAUCUCGUGGGACAACAAGGAGCAGCUCGAGAGCAUACUAAUGGCGGUCAAACACCUUCAAGAGAACACUCAUGUGUCUGCGUUUCACAACUUCCGCAUCAAGAUCCUUCAUGGAGACAAAGACAAUGUCAUUCCUUGGACAAUGGGCUUUGAGUUGUUCAACACUGUAGCUACGUUGAAGAAGCAGCUUAGCCUAAAGACACCCAUCAGCUUUCAACGACUACAAGGGGAAACACACGCCAGCAUCUUAAGCGGUGGCAGUGAACGCUACGUGCUAGAGAGCUGCUUCAACCCCUACCGCCUGCAUCCUGCGGCCCCUCUUGCACUACUAAAAUUUUAUUCGAAGGAAACUCAGCUGCCUGAAGCGCUGCCAUUUCGUGGCAUUUACAACAGCACGCACUCAGAUGUGCAGGAAAUGCAAGUGUUUGGACCUCGAACCGCCACAACCAGCCAACACAAUGCAGCCAUCAACAGCAGCGCCCAUCAGUACCACUCCCACAGCGUUCAUCUUCAGCAAGCUUCAGGAAUUAUACAAACGAUACAGCAACCUGUUCUUUCGAGGGCAAACACUUUUGGCGGCCCGUUGUCUUAUCCGCAAGCUGCUCCGCAAUUGUUAUACCAGAGGUCGGGCACGCUUGGGACCAUUCAGCCUAGUGGCGGAACGCCAUAUCAACAGCAGAGCGCCAAUGCCCUUCGAUACAGUAGUAGCCUCAAAGCUGGCAACAGUAUGCUUCCCCUAGCCUCUAGCAAGUUCAGCGGAUCGCCUCCCUUUGUAGUGCCAGGAGCAGAGGCAUCCCUAGUACGACACUGUGCCCAAUCUGUUCUUCCUCAUGCGAGUAGGCACCAGUGGAGUCACAACCUUACUUACCACACACGCAACAAUACAACAACGCGGCUACCUCUGGGAAUAGUGGAGAACAAAGCCAAGUAUCGCCUAGCAAGGAACGUCCGACAGGAACCCCUAGCUGGAUGGCCUCUCAAUCUUGUGUGUCUUCACGUUUCACCGGAGGCCCACGAUGAGUAUGAGCGUGUGGAAAUUCCAAAUACGCGGAUACUCGCCUGUGCACCUGAGAAGAUUGUCCACGCAGGGGACUGA